AUGGCAGACUCAGUAGUAUCUACUCACAAUGGAGAUUCUGUCAACUUUGAACCAAAACGGCAUGCGGCUUGCGACGAGUGCAGGAAACGAAAGUUGAAAUGCUCUGGGGAUCUUACUGGGUGCUCUCGCUGCUUGAAGCAAUCUAUUCCAUGCCACUAUUCUAUACAAAAGACUAUGGGCCGUCCACCCAAGAAGAGAGCUCGCGCAGACGACGAAGCUACCGAUUUCUCUACCCAAUCCAAUAAUAACUUCUGGCCCACUCCAGAUAAUACACCAAACUCCUUCCCUAUAGCUCCGGAUCCUAUCGCGUCAUCAGACGCACAUCAUCUUUGUCCCCAACUCUUUUGGCCACUACAUAGUGGCUCACCUUCGUCACAGCCCGCUCCCGAUCUACUAUCAGGAGAUAAAAACCACAACCACAUAUGGCACCCAGACAGGCUGAAGAACCCCAACCUCCCCGUCCCAACAUCUUCAAGCCCUUGGCCAGACUUUGCUACUGUGUCUCAGUCAUCAGCCAUGCCUUUCGCAGCCCCACCAAGCUUCUCCGAUAUACCUUCUCUCCCACUUACCCCGCCAUCUCUAUGUUCCGACUCCGCCCCGCCUCAAUGUACAUGUCUAUCCUAUCUCUACCUCUGCCUCAGCCAUAUCUCCUCUAUCGCCUCAUUUCCUGUCAACGACCAUACCCUCUGCUCUCUCUACAUCGCAGCUCGAACAGCGCAGGACGUCAUUCGCUGCGAGGCAUGUCCCAAAAACUUCUCCACGGGUGUGCAGAAUGUCAUGUUCACCGGUACCCUGUUGACAGUCGUCGCAGAUGCAUGGCUGCGCGUGUUCAAUAGCGAUCCCGCACAACUAGGCAUGCAGUCUGCCCCACCAGAGUAUAUAUCUCGCGUGCAGCAAAGUGCCGAUUCAGCACAGCUGUGGAAGAACUGGCUGCGACAGAUAGUGCGUCGAGCCGUCAUUGGCGGUCCCUAUGACCCGACUGUUUCCAGCCGGUGCGCCGCCCAGCCAUCCUUGCUCAGUCUGAUCAAUGAGGUUGAGAACCGGCAACGCCGCUGGCAUGAGCCUGGUGCUCAUCCAUUGUCAGCAAAUAACCCUUUCCAGUCCUUAAAUGGCGAACAGUCUACAGAGGAAAAAGAGUUGCUUUGCAUGCGAGUUGUUGGUAGUGCACGAGCGGUUAUCUCGAAAUUUAACUUCGAGCCCCAUGAAUUUCCUGAAGGUUCUGUUCUGGAGGGAUCAAUUCAGUAG